AUGAGAUAUUUUGACUGGAGAUAUUUUCACCGGUCACUUACUGGUGGUGGAUGGUCAGCCAGGACUGAGGCGAUCAUGUUGACGAAGGGGCGGGCAUUCAACCCUCCUCGUCUCAGCAUAGGUGACCACCUGAUUGCUCUCAACAAAAAACUAAGACACCUGAAUGUUAUCCUUGAUACGCGCCUCUCUUUCGAUAAACAUGUGGUGACCAAGAACGUGGCUGCAUCGGCGGUAGCCCUUUCAAGGAUCAUGCCCAAGAUCAGUGGACCUUGCCAAUGGAAGAGUAGACUUCUGGGAUCGAUGGUAAAGAGCCUACUUCUCUACGGUACGCCGCCCCCGUUUGGUCAACUUCCGUUAGCGCCACAGCGAAAAAACUUAGGACACCGCAGAGGGUAG